AUGGGCAACACUCAGGACAGACCCCCGGGCAGCGGAGCACACAGAACCGGACCAAACCAGGCCAGAGCAGCACGAGGCAAUAAUGCGGAAACCCCCCACAGCGGGAAGGGACUGGCCAACGGGACCGCCGGGCACAACAGCACUGUGACCCGGGAGGAGCCGAGCAGCCCUCCGGAGGAAGACAAGAGCCACCUGGACGCCCCCGCGGGAGCCCUGCCCCCGCACUUGGCUCGGAUGAAGAAUGAGGGAAACCACCUCUUCAAACACGGGCAGUUUGGGGACGCGAUAGAGAAGUACACACAAGCCAUAGAGGGCUGCGCUGAAGCAGGUGUCGACAGUGCAGAAGACCUGUGUAUCCUGUAUUCCAACAGAGCAGCCUGUUAUCUGAAGGAUGGAAACAGCACAGACUGUAUACAAGACUGUACCAAGGCGCUGGAGCUGCAGCCGUUCUCCCUGAAGCCGCUGUUGCGCAGAGCCAUGGCCCUGGAGUCUCUGGAGAGAUACCGAAGAGCCUACGUGGACUACAAGACUGUCCUGCAGCUGGACACCGGAGUGCAGGCUGCGCAUGACAGCGUGCACAGAAUCACAAAGAUGCUGAUAGAACAGGACGGCCCUGACUGGAGGGAGAAGAUUCCUGAGAUCCCAGUGGUGCCUCUGUGUGUGCAGCAGCAGCACCGGGAGAAGCCGUUGUCGGAGGAGCAGGUCCAGGCCAGAGCCGCACGCGCCGCAAACGAGGAAGCACGAUUACGAGAAGCAAAAUUCACUUUACUGAAGCAAGAAGGCAACGAGCUGACGAAGAAGGGCAGUUUCCAGGAAGCGGCAGAGAAAUAUACGCAGUGUCUGAGUCUCCAGCCGAGCGAGUGUUCCGUAUACACAAACAGAGCCAUUUGUUUCCUUAAACUGAACCGUUUCGAAGAGGCCAAACAGGACUGUGACUGUGCGCUGAGGCUGGAGCCGUCCAAUAAGAAAGCCUUCUACAGACGAGCUCUGGCUCACAAAGGCCUGAAGGACUAUCUGUCGGCCAGCACAGACCUGCAGGAAGUGCUGCAGCUCGACCCCAAAGUGCAAGAGGCCGAACAGGAGCUGGAGACGGUCACUGCGCUCUUCAGAAAAAGUCUCAUGGACGACACGGUUUGA